UUGUCGGAGGCUUCGUUGAGGAGAUAUUAACGGAAAACACUGACCAAUCAGAGCGCGAGAAUGCCGUUGGUGCGGUCGCGGUAGCGAAGGCUAUGUGCUAAGCGGCCGCGCUUGUACGCGAACAAGCGACUCGACGUGCAUCGAAGGACAUUGACGCUGCCGCCUAUAGCGCGUAGCCUUCGCUACCACGGCCGCUCCAACGGCAUCCUCGCGCUCUGAUUGGUCAGUGUUUUCCGUUAAUAUCUCUUCAACGAAGCCUCCGACAACAUUUUCGCUAAGGAAAAAGUUGUUUCAAAUCACCUCCCGAACCACCCAUUUCAAGGUGUUACAACAUUUUUGGGACACCCUGUAUAGAUAAUUUUUUUUUUUUUAGGGAUUAAUAACGUACACCUGCAUCAAUAUCAAGCUAAUCAAAGUACGGUUUUUGUUAUAAUGUUUCUUUAAUUAAUUUGUAUAUCAAUUUUGCAUACGAACAGGUAGCAAUCUCCAGAUAUUUGCAAAUAGAGCUUUGAUCAGUUUUACUUAGAAACGUGCACAAUUGGUCUCAUAACAAAAAAGUAAAGAAAAAUGGGAAAUAUUCAGUUAAUAUUUUACACAACACGAUGAAUUAAAUUAAUCGGACGUUUUUGAUUGGGACGUAUCUCGUUCGAAAAUGAAGAUUCCGAUACGGGAUUGGCUGUAAUUGAUGUUCGUGUCGGUGAUGUAAUUCUGGUGGUUUAUUUUUUUUUUUCGCAAAUCUGUUCACUGAUCUAGUUUUCGAAAGAAACGAUCGUCGUGUUUCGUUUGAACGUGUCGUGUCGAGGGGCGAAUUCGAUGUAUCGAGUUGUACGUUCGGAAGGCGUUGCAAAUAAAAGAAAUAUGGAAAGUCCGCGGGUGAUUUUGGAACGCGUUCUUUCGUCUAUUGUGUGAAAUUAAAUCGAGAAUGGCCGGGAAGAUGGCGGCGGCAGAGUUAAAACAUGAUAAUGUUUCGUGCUACGAAACUGUGAAAGGAAAUGUAUCGACAGUAGUAUCGCACAGAGAAAUCGAAUGCUACCGGUUCAGAUUGUUAGACUUAAUCUACUACUUGACUUGUGUCAUUUUUUUUUUCAUCGAUAUAGCAACAGGUGAACAAGGAUUAAAAGUGUAUUGUAUAGUUUUCGUAUUUUGUUCAGAAAUGUUUUAUCUUAUUAAUAUAAAAUAAUACAAAAAUGGUCGACAAAUUUAUAUACUUUUAGCGUAUCCAACGUGGAAAGUGAAACAUAGACCUCUUUACGGUUUAUACAUUAUUUACAGUUGUGCACGUUUAUUGUAAUAUAAUAAACAAUGCAGUACAUGCAACUUAAAAUUUCAUGAUUCUUGCAACCUUUAUAGUAGUGUGAAUAAAUAUAGACUUCGAUUAAAUGAUAGUAUUGUAUUUAUGGAAUACUUUUUACAAGGCCAAUUUAUUUGGGGAUGCUUUGCUUUGAGUUUCACAAUUCUACCCGCUGGUGUUAUCCAAAUGUUUAGUUUAAGAUGGUAUCACAGCGAUGGUUCUAUUAAAGCUAUACAUUGGUUGUUACACUUUUUGUUCUUAGGAAUAUUACACAGGUAUUUAAUAUUACUGUAUGCUACAAUAUAUUCCUUAAGAAGCAAACGAUUUGCGAAGGAUAAAAAUUGGGUAUAUAGACAGGAAAGUGAUAUAUGCAUGUUGCAUUUGUUUGAGUCGUUCAUGGGAGCUGCUCCACAAUUAAUAUUGCAGCUAUAUGUCAUGGCAGUAUUACGUCGCACACCAUUGUGGACAAGUUUAUCUGCCAUAGUGUCCUUUUGUUCGUUGAGCUGGGCUAUAGGUACAUAUACAAAAGCGAUGCACAAAAUAAAUCCUGGCCAUAACGAGACAACAUGGGUAGUGUUGACUCUUCAGGGUGUUUGGCGAGCAGGAAUGUUAAUAUCCAGAAUAGCAGUAUUGGUUUUGACGGCAAUCUGUUUACGGGAAUGGUUUUUAUUGUUUCUUGGACUCCAUUGGCUAUUUAUGACUGUUUGGGUAAUUCUACAAAACACAGACUUCUGUCCCACAGUGUGGGAGGAGCGUAUUUACAAUUGCAUCAUAGGAUUAAUUUAUUGCUUCGACUUUUUUAACUUGCGCGUCGGCAAGUCUCGGUACAGAGUACUUAUCUUUUACACUAUCAUCGUGACAGAGAACAUCGUGUUUUUAGUUAUUUACGUAUCGUGUUUUAAAGAUGCAAUUAAGACUGAAGAGAUAGCCAUAGUAACGAGCUUAAUAGCCGGAGGGAUGUUGAUCGGUAUUUCGAGUAUGUUGUUUUAUUACGGAAAGUUUCAUCCGUCGAAGGGUAUUUCUAAAGACACUGAUAACAAUAAGUCUGAGAUGGUCACUGAUGUAGCCGUCACUCCCAGAUCCUUCAAACAGUAUUAUCCUAAUGCUUUGUGUUCCGUCAACCAUUCUCAAGGCACUGCCUCCGAGGAGAUCACCACGGACAAGCAGUCCUUGUUGACGAACAUCGUGCAGAGUUCCGAGUGCGCGGAGAACGGUAUUAUCAAUCAGAGUUGUAAGAUCGAGAACGAAUCGAAGACUGCCGUAUGCGUGAUGUCGGAAUGCGAGUCGGCGCACAAGAAUUUCUCGCAACACGAGAAAUUCGAAAUACAAAACGACUGUAACGAUGCAACCGAGAAAGCCAUCCACCGUCAGAAACGCAGGGGCAUUUGUCUGCCGACUACGCAGGCGCUGGACAUAGAUAAGGAUGUCACAGCGAAGGAUCCGUCGCAGAAGAGGCGCGGAAUUUGCUUCUCGACGCGACUGAUCCUCGAGAUGGAAAACGAGACGGACGAGACGGUCGCUGCCGACCAAAAAUCGAUGCCAGACGCGGCUGCGAAACUCGACGAAUUAGAGGUGGCGUGCGACGAUCUGAACGGUAUCACUAUAUUGAGGGACAGGCUGGAGACCCCUACGAGCUUCAACGAUGAGAAAAUUUCCGAAACGGAAAAACUGACAAAGGAAUUGCAGCAAAGGGACGAAACGAUGAGUUGCGUCACCUCGAUACACGACUACGAAAACGUCUGUCCCCUUGGGGUUGCUAGACCGCCCUGGUGCAUCCGUAGUUGGAAAGGUUACACGGAUAUAGAGACUUAUAUCCACGAUGACAGCGUUGUCAGAGAUAGACGACGAGAUACGUUGACAAGCACCACCACUGGGACAACUUACAGCUCGGAGUUCUCGGACACGACGUGCGCUAGUUCAGUAUUGAGAGGAAUUCUGAAGCAAGAGGAUUAUCUCGACACGCUAGCGUAUGAUCUGAUUGAUCCUCGCGAGUUGAGAGCUCUGUAUAGCGAGGAUCCUUCCCUGGCUACGAAAAGGACUUCUUCCGACGUAGACGAGCAGAACGCCACGCUUUACAUUGCCAAGCCGGUAGUGAUAGAUGAUAAAGGUGGAAUGUUCGCGCUGGAUACCAUUGUGGAGGAACACGACGAAUUGGACGAGAAAUUUGAGUACGCUCGACCUGGCUGUGAUUCGGUCAGCACUCUGGUGAGCACGAUCGAUCAGAUCAGAAAGUACACGGCUGAUAAUUCCCCGAGGCACGUGUUUCACACGACAGGAACACAGUGCGAGGAUUUCGAUCCGAAAGAUCUGAUAAGGAGAGCACAGCUCACCAGAGCGUUGUUCAAGAACGAUCUUAAAGAUCCUGCCACCGUUAACAGGAAUUACAUCAAUCGAUUGGACGAUCCAGAGGCGAUCGUUCGGGGGAAACGCGAGAUUGACGCUAUUCGAGACUUUGUCAAAUAUUGCGCGAUAGAAUCGAUCAAGAAAACGCCUCUGAUAGACGCGAUACUCUCCGAUUCGCCGAUUCUGGGUAGCAAACCGAAGGUACAGAAGCAGGUAAAAGACGAUCCGAAGGAGAAUGAUCUGUACGUCGAGAUGAGUCCUCUAGUACCUGUUGAAAACAUUGAGAUUGUACAUAAUAAUUUAUCCGAGACCAGCGUGUCCGAAUCCAAUGAUCGAAGCCACGAAAACGUGACGAUGAAUGUUUCAGCUAACUCUGGUGAUACGGAGAAGAUUGACCCGCCACCUUGCGACAAACGUAGAAAAGCCAUCAACUAUCCGAGACGAAAAUUUUCUCUGCUGAAGGAAAAGUUUGAAUCGAAAUCACAGCUCGUGUACGUUGUCACGCCACACAAUGCCAUUAAAAUAGGACAGUCGACCGUUUCUUCCGAAUCUGAUCCAUCGAGGAAGAACGUUUCGGUUAUAUUAAAGAAGACGGACGUUUCGACGAAACACGAUAAAGAGAAUUUAGCUCCUGCCAUGUUGAACGUUAGUCACGUUAGUCAAACGAAACAUACUCCAAACGAUAGAUCUCAGGCGAACAGGGAAAAAGCUGACUCCAUUUACGAAAACGAUAAAUCUUCGUGCAAUACCGAUUUGAAUUUGAAAGAGAGAAGACAUAUAUUCUUAGAGCAAGUUUUAUCGCCCCCGAAACGGUUGACCUGGAACAAAAGAAAGUCUUUCGGCGGGACUACCGUGAAAAAGACUUAGAG